AUGUGGGGUAGGCCGGUCAUCAUGCCCUCUGAUACAGAGGAGGUUCGUCAAGAGUCUGCCUUUUUGGGCAAUGAGUCCGAUGGUAAUGACGAUGAAGAGGCCACCGCUCCUCAAAACCAAAACCAAACUUCUGUUGAAGACAUGGAGGAGGAACACACCCCUAGGACUCCUUCUGAGGAGCGAAUGGGCACCCCUCCACCCCCUGAGCCCGAAGGCGAAGUGGAGAGUGGGAUAUCUCCGAGGUCUAGGCCUUCUGCAGAUCAGAAUGAGGAGGUUAAAAGAGGGACACUAGAAGGCGCUGGUGCUAUGAGGUCUAAAUCUCCUCAAUACACGGGAGUUCUAGAUAGCCGUGAUCCUGAAAGUGCAAGCGUAAUGAGGCCUGAGGCACCUCCACCUGCUGAAGUGCAAGAUAGACCCGAAGCUGGUCCCAGAGUUGCAAGAACGAUGAGGCCCGAGGCUCCUCAGCCUACCGAGGUACAAGAUAGGACCGGGGCCAAUCCUAAGGCUAACACAUCUGGCCUAAGGAGAACUGACUCCGAAGCCGCCCCCAAUGUUGAGGCUAUCCCAACUACCGAAGAACCCGAUACUUCAAGGUUUAGAGCGGCUCUUGAGGUUCUGGGUAUGGGUCUUCUUGGACAUCCAAUGAAAGCCAUCAAGAAUCUCAUUCCCGAGGGAUUCUUGGCUCAUGCUGGGACUGCUUCUCCCUAG